UCUCAGCGGGACAAGUCAGGGAACAUGAUUUGAGUUACGUCAAUUUAUUCAAAAUUCCUCUAAAAAAAAAAAAAAAAUAGGUUGCCAAUAUUAACAACUAGAAAAAUUGCAAAUUACCAGUUUACAAUGAGGCUGAAUGUAUCAGAGACUCAUGCACCUCAUGCACUCUGCACCAUCGUUUCAAAGUAAAAGCUUAUUAUCAUGAAACGAAACAGUAAUAAUACUACGUGAACACGAUACGGACGUAGAUCUGGAUCAUAAUAAAAAGGCACAAGCAGGUUAACAUAACCUCCAUUUCACAGCUGUUAACAAGACCAAAUGAAACAUAUAAUAGAGUGUUGCAGGGUAAACGUAUUUUUUUGUACACAAACCCGGAAGUUAUCACUAUCCUGCUUCCGUCCACAAAAAAUCUAAUUGUAUUUUUCUGUAACAAUAAUCUAUUUUUUUCUACUGUGAGACGACAGAGCCAGAGUUGCAAAAAAAAAAAGUGACUUUGUUUGCGGGUUUUACAACACGUUCAGAAAUUCUGCGAUUCUGCUUUUACAGUUUUACUUUGACUUGUGUUAUGCACUUCCGGGGUAGAGUUCAGGAAAUAUCGACGGCGGUCCCACGCUUGUCGGAGCCGUUUCAGAAGUGAAUUAAAGUAUUAUAUCGCCGCUGCAGCCGCACAAACCCCCGCAGAAUGAAGGACACUCCUCUGUCCAACUGUGAGCGGGACUUCCUGCUUCAAGCCAUCGAGGAGAAGAAGCGCCUGGACGGACGGCAGACCUAUGACUACAGGAAGAUAAAGAUCACGUUCGGCACAGACUAUGGAUGUUGCUUUGUGGAUCUGGGGAAAACCAGGGUCAUGGCUCAGGUGUCCUGUGAACUUAUCGCACCGAAAGAGAAUCGACCAAAUGAGGGAAUCAUGUUCUUCAACAUCGAGCUGUCGCCCAUGGCGUCACCAGCGUUCGAACAGGGCAGACAGUCAGAGUUAUCAGUGAAGCUGAACAGGCAGUUGGAGAGAUGCUUGAGGAACUCCAAGUGCAUUGACACAGAGUCCCUGUGUGUCGUGUCUGGAGAAAAGGUGUGGCAGAUCAGAGUGGAUGUUCACAUGCUGAAUCAUGAUGGGAACCUGAUGGACGCUGCCAGCAUCGCCGCCAUCACCGCUCUGUGCCACUUCAGACGGCCUGAUGUCGGCAUCCAGGGAGAUGAGGUCACAGUGUACAGUCCAGAGGAGAGAGAACCGAUUCCUCUCAGUAUCUAUCACAUGCCCAUCAGUGUCAGCUUCUCCUUCUUCCAGCAAGGAACAUAUCUGCUGGUGGACCCCUGUGAGCGGGAGGAGCGGGUGAUGGACGGCUUGCUGAUGAUUGCCAUGAACAAACACAGAGAAAUCUGUUCCAUCCAGUCCAGCGGGGGCAUCAUGCUGCUGAAGGACCAGGUAAUGAGGUGCAGCAAAAUUGCCAGUGUCAAAGUGUCUGAAAUCACAGAGCUUGUGGGCAAAGCCCUGGAAAAUGACAAGAAAGUCAGGAAGGCCGGCGGUAGGUGUGGUUUUGCUGAGUCUUUACCUCAGGAACGAAUCACAGCUCUGAAAAUGGACAAGACUCCGGUGGAGAUGAUGGACGUAACAGAAAGAGCCAAUGACAUUGUCCAGAAAGCCGGGGUCCCACCUCAGACUGUAGCAUCCCCAGUGGUGCCCGUCCCAGGAUUGGGGCAGGUGGGGCAGGGGCUGCAGAACACCUGGGGCCUGGAGGAGGAUGAGGAAGUGGAAGAGGAGGAGAGUGACAUCAGUGGUGAAGAACAGGAGGGAAAAGUAACACAAAUGGAAGAGGAAAAGUAUGAAAAGGAAGAGAGCAGAGGGGAUGUGGUUGAAAUAUCUGACAGUGAAGAGGAGGAAGUGGUCAUACUUCAUCCAGAGACACCCAACAAAGCUAAAAAUACAGGAUUCAGUUCGCACCAGAAGGGGGCAGCAUCAUCCAAGAAAGGACAGAAAAAAUGAAUUAUGGCACCAGUUGUGCUGAUUGUGUUCACAUCGCUUGAUGUGCUGCAGUGGCAGACAAAACAACACCUCCUCAUGAUGAAGAUGAUCCUGGUUUCAAAUGAUUCUGCUGUAGCAGAUAACUGGACUCAAGGAGAGAUCACAGUGCAGAAACAAUUUUUAAUGUGAUGGGCUGGAUUGUUAAUGUGAGAGUUUGAAUUUGACCUCUGUUGGGAGAUGGUGGAUCGGUUCAAAAUAAAUUUUCACCUACAAAUGUAGAGAAUGUGAUUUCUUAUAUAUUGGCUUUUAGUUUUUUGUUUUUAUGAUGAAGCAAUGUAAAGAGUACAUUGUUUUUGUUGUAUGAGUAAAGGAUAUAUUCUCCACCUCAGUUGGUAUCAAACUUUUCAGUUACAUUUGUCAAGUGGUAUAUUUGGUAAGAAAAGUGAAGUCUGUGAUGCUGAUUAUGUUUCACGAUAAUAAAGAAAAUAAAUAAA